AUUUGUUUCCCAGUUGAAUCAUUUUAUUCAGAGUGCCGGUCUGGAAUAGACAUAUAUUCGACGCGUAUUUUUGUAUUUCGUCUUUUUUUUUUGUUCGUUCGGUUUUACGUUUUAUGAAAAAAAAAUAUAGUUCAAAUUAAAUUCCAAUGUCUUAGUCAAAACCAGUACACAUUAGUGGUGUAUAGUCGCUUGAGAAAUCCAAAAAAGAACACAAUAGUCGCGAACAAAAUUGAAAGUGCGCUCCGAUCGUGUCCGAUUACUCUAAAGAGUAAUAUAUAAUUAACUCACUAGACGAUAUUCCCGGGCAUAUCCAUCAAUGGCCAAGGACCAGUACGGAAAUCCCAUCGCCGAGGGCUAUGGACCUGUCCACGGAUCUGCCACUGGAUCGAGUUCUGUUUCGGGAUCCGGAUCGGGCCCAGUACAGAGCUCUGCCAUCAACUCUGGACCAUCUGGAGGAGGUGUUCCAACAGGAUGCGGGGUGCCAGGUUCGGCGCCACUCUUGAACUCUGAUUUGACCGACGAACAGAGGCGGGAGCAGCGGGCCAGACUCAUCAAGGCCCUCAGCCGCUUCAAGCCGCGGGAUGCCAAUCCCCUGCAGUUCUAUAACUGUGUCCGCGAACUGUGCAUCAUGCACAACUGCUCCAUAGACGAGGGCCUGGAGCGAGCGGCCCUCACCUGGCCGGGCUUGAGCAUGGCCCAGAGGGAGCUCUAUGAUUCGCAACGUCAUGCCGAACUGCCCAUACCCGUGCCGAAGCACUUGGUCUACCGCGCCUUCCAGAAGGAGCGGAACGGUCUGUGGUCCCUGGGCCGCGCCCCGGCCAACAACCACCGCUCCACACGCUACACCGUCGAGUCCUACAAGCCGCCUCCGAAGCAGUCCCGCCUCCGCACCCAACUGGCCGACAAGCGGCCAAAGUACGACAACCUGCUGGAGUUGCCGCCGAAAGUGGCGGCAGCCCGGGUGCCUCCGCCCCACAAUCCGAAGGUGUCGCGGGUGUCGCCGUCCUCGGGCCGCCGGAUCCGGAGCCCCACGCCACCCACCACCCUACGGCGGGUGACGUCGAUCCGCGAAAUCCUCUCCAUGGACAGCAUCGAGGGCAAGAAGGCACGGCGCCGCCAGGCGAAGAGUCGCCUGCGAAAGGCCAAGAACCUUCGCGAGAUCUUGGAGGCGGAGAAGCCUGUGCCGGAAAAGGUCACGGCGCCAGAUGUCAAGCCCAUGAAGACCUCGAAGAAGAGGGGUAGCCGCGGGCAAAAGAAGGCCGUGCGCCUGGAGGAGGAGAAGGCGGCAGCGGCUGCCAACUGGGAGCUGGCCAUCGGAUGUGUCCGCCGGCGUCUCAUGAUGCACCAGCCAAACAAAGUAUAAUAACUUGUGUGUGAAAGGCCCGUAAAGCCCAGUCGCUAUAUGACUGUGUGGCCUUAAUAAUGACUCAAAAUGUGGUGGCAGCAUCGCCCUAUCAAAACUACUCUCCCUACACAUACAUGUGUCAAACCAAUCUUGUCCCACUUCCAUUACUUAAUUUUUUUAAUCCGAAAGAUUGUAGGCAUCGUGACCAGAUGCACCGAUAAUCAGAUAACCCAUUUUGGCCAAUUUCAAAUCGUGAUUCGAGAUCGGUAUGCUUCGAAUAUUUUUGUAACAAAUUUUUAUGAAGGCGUCGUCAAAUUCCUUGGAUUGAAAAUGUAUUAAAAUAUAGACAACCGA